AUGUAUGACAAAGCAUGUGAGAUUCAGAAGUGUUUACAAGCCAACCGUUACUUGGAGAGCAUGUGUCAGGAAGUGAUCCGAGAGAUGCGACGUUGCUGCGAGACACAGGCCGAAAAAUCUCUUUGCUGCUCCGGCUUUAGGGACUCUAAACCUGCGGAGGAGGAGAAGGACAAAACAUAACAGAAUUGACUGUAUCCUGUUUAUUUAGCAAACGACCAUGCACUUUAAAACAAAAAACCCCACCAAAACGUAACCAUUAAUACAUAACGUGGUAAAACAAGAAGUAGAAAAUGCAAUGUAAGGUCAGUAAACAAGUUGUUAUCUCUAGGUCUUUCCAAAUUAGACAAGAAUAAUUUUUCUAACUUGGGAAUAUGGUAGCAUUUUGGAGGGAUGAUAAAUAAU